AUGGUCAUCACCAGAACAAAGGAACUGAUUUUUGGGUACAUUGAGGAUAACAUCAGAAGAAGAAUGCAGAAUUGGAAGAACAAAUUUCUAAGCUCAGCAGGCAAGGAAAUUCUAAGUAAGUCAGUGGCAACAGCAAUGCCAACCUACACUAUGGCUUGUUUCAAAUUACAUUGUAAGCUGUGUAAAGAAAUAUGUGCACUGAUGGCCAAUUAUUGGCGGGGAGAACAAGACAACAGGAACAAGAUUCAUUGGGUAUCCUGGAAGAAAAUGACCAAGGAUAAGAAGGAAGGUGGACUAGGAUUCAAGGAUAUCCAGAGUUUCAACAAAGCCUUACCAGCUAAACAGAUUUGGAGGAUCAUCACUCAUCCAAAUCUGCUAGCUAACAAGGUUUUUAAAGCAAAGUACUUCUCAAAAGGCAACAUUCAAAGCUGCAAGGUGCCAAACAAUGCUUCAUGGUUCUGGCAAUGCAUUAUGGGAGUAAGAGGGGACAUCAGUUGGGGUGUUUGGAAGAGGAUGGGUAAUGGAAAGAAUACUAAGAUAUGGGAGGAUAGAUAG